AUGUUCAUAUACAAAGUAAAACUGUUUAACGGGGGCGCUCUUAGUGCUGGGAUAUCUGACGCCAUCUCCAUCAUUAUUGUGGGAGUCAAUGGCCAAACAAUGAAGCAUCAACUGAACCAUCUAUGCAAAGACUUUUUUCCUGGGUCUCGGGACUUGUAUGAGAUCCACAGUAAAGAAGAUGUAGGAGAGGUCCUGCUAGUUCGAUUGUUCAAGGAACGCUACAAAUUCUUCCCCGAGAGUCCCUGGUUCUGUAAGAAGAUCACCGUGACUUGCCCCAGCGGAGUCAGCUACCAGUUCCCAUAUUACCAAUGGAUCACGGGAUACGUGACGCUGGAGAUUCCCGAAGGAAAAGGAAUAAUAUUAUCGGGUGAUAUUAACCCACUGAUCAUACAGCAGAGAAGGAUGGAACUGCAAGAGAAAAGAAGAACGCACAGGUGGAAGGUAUACUACGAAGGACUCCCUCACUGUAUCGAUGAAAAUGGUAUUUUGUCUCUACCUUGUAAUGACCAGUACUCCUUGACAAAAGACGUCAGCUUUCUUUUCAUCAAUACAUGGAUGUAUGUAUCCGCCUCUGCAGGGCCAAAAUUUGAAAUGAUGCUUCAAGGGUACAAUAGAUGCACAAAGUCAUGGACUGAUCUUGGUGACAUUAAGAAACUCUUUGUCAGCAUGAUGACAGUUAAUUCAGAUCUGGUAUCAGAGCUGUGGAAAGAGGACACUUUCUUUGGUUACCAAUAUCUGAAUGGAGUAAAUCCUGUAAUAAUCCAAAAAUGCAUUAAAAUCCCUGACAAUUUCCCAGUGGAUGAUGAAAUGGUGGCUCCAUCUCUUGGACUGUCCACCAACCUCAGGACAGAAUUACAGAAUGGAAACAUCUUCCUGGCUGAUUAUCAGAUUCUACAAGGAGUCCCAGCCAAUAUCAUCAAUGACCAACAGCAAUACCUUGCUGCCCCACUGUGUCUUCUGUGGAAAACCCCGCAAAAUUACAUUAUACCCAUAGCUAUCCAGUUAGGUCAGACGCCAGGUGAAACGACUCCUAUUUUCCUGCCCAGCGAUUCUGAGUGGGACUGGACCCUCGCCAAGAUAUGGGUGCGCAAUGCUGAGCUUCAGGUCCAUGAAGGUGUAUCUCACCUGCUUUACACCCAUCUCUUCGCUGAGGUCUUUAAUAUUGCGACCACCAGACAGCUUCCGAUGGGCCAUCCGGUGUACAAGCUCAUUAUUCCGCACCUUCGCUACACGCUGCAAGUAAAUGUCUUAGCUAGAAAUAAACUCAUUGGACCUGGCGGCACCUUGGAUUGGAUUGCUGGCUCUGGAAAAGGUGGAAUAAAAAUUCUGCUGAGGAAAGCUAUGGAAAAACUGACCUACACUGCCCUCUGUCUCCCAGAAGACAUAAAGAUCCGAGGAACAGAGUCUCUUCCCAACUAUUUUUACAGAAACGAUGCAAUGAGCAUCUGGACAGCUUUGGAGAGCUUCAUCUCAGACAUCGUCCAUUACUAUUAUAAGGAUGAUGACUCUGUGUCGGAAGAUCCGGAGCUCCAAGCCUGGGUGGGAGAAAUCUUUAAAGAAGGAUUCCUGGACAAUCAUUCCUCAGAAAUCCCCUCCUCCCUGAAAACCCAAGCAGAACUAAUCAAAUACCUGACCAUGGUGAUCUUCACGUGUUCUGCAAGACAUGCUGCCUUUAAUAGUGGCCAGUUUGACUUCUACUCCUGGAUGCCAAAUGGUCCAUCAACCCUGAGGACUCCACCUCUCAUGGAAAAAGGCACAGCGACCUUUCAGACCAUCUUGGACACUUUACCACCAGUUAACAUAACUGUCAUCAAUAUGGCCGUCAUGUGUCAACUCAGUCAUGAGCCAAAGGAUCGGAGACCUCUCGGUAACUACCCAGACGAGCGUUUCACGGAGGACAUGCCCAAGAAAUUCAUUCAGGAUUUCCAGAAGAAGCUGUCUGACAUUUCCAGUCAAAUUAAGGAGAGAAAUAAGACAAAGAAUCUGACUUACCCGUAUCUGGAUCCAGAGAGGAUUGAGAACAGUGUGUCCGUUUAAUGCAGACUGCAUUUAGAAAUUAAAUC